CCCGGAUACGUAACCCUAGCCCGGCCCCUGAAUAUCUUCUGGUUGACUCGCAUUCUUCUCACCUUAUCUCUUUCUCAUCAAAUUCAACCCAUUUCCACAUCCCCAUACGAAACUUCUUCAACAACAUCUUCAUUUCGUCAGAUCAGAUCGGUGGAAAAAACUUGCAAAAGCAAGGUUUAUAAGAAGGGUUCUACUUAUCAGUAAAUUCUCCAUCAGCAUCCAAGCCAACGAGAUGUCUAACAAAACCGCUCCCGACGCUGCCAAAGCCAGCGGUAACGGUAGCCAGCCCUCCAAGGCCUGGUCUUCCGAGGAAGCCGUCAAGAUGCUCUUACUUAUUAUGCAUCACGAAAACCCUGACCUGGGAGUCAGCGGCUGGAAGGCCAUUGGUGAGAAGGCACAGGUCUUGUUUGACGGAAAGUAUUCGAUGGUCGCCGUUAAACAUCAGUUCCAGCGACUUCGUCGCACUUUCAUGGCUGAAAUCCCGGCCAAUUGGAAGGGAGACUCGGACAAUGACGAGAAUGAACCUGAGGAGACAUCGACCCGGGGAAAGAAGCGUGUGGCCCCCACUGCUGAUGAACCCUCCGUCAAAACCCCCAAGGCCAAGAAGCCACGAGUCGCACAGAAGGUUACCAAAGGCAAUAAGGGACCUGCCAAGGGACCUGCCAAGGCUGCCACUGCCGACGCCUCUGAUGGAGAGGAGCGUAAGACUGUCAAGCCUAUGCCUCAGCGUCGUGGUGCCAAGAAGUCUCAGGCCAAGGUUGACGCCGAUAAGGAGUCGCGACCUACGCACAGCCGUGCCACCCGCAAGGACUCUCAGAAGAUGGUCGCUUUGGAGUCCCAGUCUGAUGACAAGACCACUACAGUUGAUUCACAGGACAAUGUCAACGCUGCGACCAAUGACCAAGCCGUCGCUGAUGAUCCCGUCGCCGAUGAUCAUGUUGCCCCCGAUGGCAUCAUCGCCGACAAUGAGGCCAAUGAUGGUGCUCAAGUUAACACCCCCUAGAUCGGUGCUUGGCCAUCAACCUAACGAACGCUGUGGAAACUGAAGUCUGGAUCGUGCUAGCUGGUAUGAAUUCAAAAUCAGGCUUCCCAGUCUGGACGCCGAUUAUCGCAAAGGCUUUGGUGCACUACAUUGUUCAUUUGCUGGGAAAUGAUCGACCUUUGUGGCAGGGAACACGACACAGAUGGGUUGCUAUUAUAAAGCAAUA